AUGGCUUCUACCACACCUACAAACCUUGCCUUGAGCCUCACCGCGUUCGGUACACCUCCGGCCAAGGUCGAACUUCCCGUGCCACAGGCUUCUGCUGGCACCGUCAUCAUCCGAAAUUUAGCGACAUCUCUGACCUCCUAUAUGCAUCUCAUCCUGGAUGGCAAGCUGCCGCAGCACAACCUGCAGCUCCCUGUCAUUCCAAACCCGCCCUGCGUGGGACGCAUCCACACCGUCGGCCCGGAUGCCGUACGCCUCAAGCCCGGCGACCUUGUCUACAUCCUACCAAUGGUACAGGCCCGCGAUGAUCCCACCAUCAAGCUUGUUCAGGGUCACAUCUGCGGCACAAGUGACGGUGCCUACAAACUCUGGGAAGAGUGGAAGGAAGGUGCACUCCAGCAGUACACCAAGGUUCCUCUGGAAAAUUGCAUUCUACUCAAUGAGAACCGCUUGUGUGGAGAGCUCGGUUACAGCCCUGCGAUUCUGCAAUCUAUUGCAAACUACGCUGUCUCUGCAGGAGCUAUCAUUGAAGCCGCAAAGCUGAAGCCUGCCGAGACCAUCAUCAUCGGCCCCUCGUCGGGCAUGUUCAGCGGUCUAGCCGUUGAGAUAGCCCUGGCCCUUGGUGGUAACGUCAUUGCCCUCGGGCGAAGCGAGAGCAAGCUCGCGGCGAUGAAAAGAAAGAUUGGCGCUGAUCCAAGCCGUCUGCAGUACGUCGUGAUGACCGGAAACGACGAAUCAGACUACGAAGCAAUUAUGCAGCGGACACCGGGCGGGGCCGGAGCUGAGGUCUACAACGAUUGGACUCCCGAGGGCAGCGCGGGUGCUUUCUAUCUCGCAACUGCAGCUCGCACACUCAAGUUCAACGGUCGCGUCGUGCUGAGCGGCGGCACCACAGCCGGUCUUGAGGGUCUCAGCUAUGUUUCAGCAGUCAUGAGAAAUCUGCAAAUUCUUGCCAAGUGGGUUUGCAAUCGGGAAACGGUCGAGCAGCUGAUUGGUAUGGUGACGUGCGGAUUACUGAGGAUCGGGGUUGAAAGCGGCACUGUUGUGAAGGAAUUCACUCUGGAUGAAAUGAUGGAAGCAGUAGCUUACGCUCGGGAGAAUGUCGCAUGGAGACACUACGCUGUUGUGUGCCCGUAG